AUGCGUCGCUGGCGUAUCUUUGGCAGCUCCAAGAGGCAAGCCGUGACGCUCUCGGCAAAGUCCGUCGACGUCCAAAUCGACGCGCUCGGAGACUUUACGUACGGGGUCGCCAACCAGCAUGAAGUGCAGCACUACCUCCCGCCGCAGUUUCCCAUCAUCCCGAGGCUGACGCAGGCCAACAUUGAGAUUUGUCGGCGCACGUGGGACCUCAUUCAGACCGCGGGCACGGACAAAAUGAAGCAGUAUGGGAAGCCCGGCAUCAUCCUCUUCUACGACGAGUCUUUUACCGCAUCUUCGAGCGCGACUUGACGAUCCGCGACGUCUUUCCCAAGGCCCAGCAGCGCGCUGAAGUCUUGCUCAAGGCCAUUGGCUUCAUUCUUGCGACCUGCGCCGGAACGCCCGCCAGUGUUGAGGCAACCGUG